GCACGACCGACGACCACAGUGUGCUCGCUCGUUGCCGCACUCUGACUUUCGACGCGGAUCAUGCUGCUGCGAACGACAUGGCUGGCUGUUGUGGUGCUGCUGGUCGCGUCGUCACCCGCUGUUAAGAAAGGCACGUUCCCUGCCCUCGACAAGAAGAACCCUGUGUGCACGUUCGCCGUCGACAAGAUCCGAAUCAAAGGCGACCCUGAGUCUGACGCGCCCAAGUUUUACAAGAAGAGUAAGGCGUGUAAAGGACCACAGGGGUAUGCGAUCCAGGAUUGUCAACUCAAACAAUGCCAGUGCAGAAAGUUCCACACCCACGUGGACGCGUCGACCCAAGUGGUCACGACAUGGGCCGAGUGUCAACCCACGAAGAAGGACAGCACCGAGUGUGUCGGUGCCGACAUGCGCUAUUGCGAGAACCUACUUCGCGGCAAGGAUCCGUUGAGCAAGUCAGCUGCCGGGGCAUCCAAGAAUGGCCGCAACACGACAGACGGCGAAUCCUCGUCCAAGUCUUCGCAUUCUUCUGCCAAGCAGUCCAAGUCUCUCAGCAGUAGUGGCACCAACUCCGCAUCGUCGCUCAACACGGCUCCAAGCGACAAGAACGCUAAAAAUGCCAAAGACGCAGGAAGCUUCCCUGUGGUUGCCGUCGUGCUAGCCAGCGUCGGCGUCAUUCUCGCUAUCGUGGGGGGUACGUGGCUCGUCGUGUCCAAGAAGAAAAAACCAAACACGUCUGCCUUGAACGGCGGUUCUGGAGGCGCGGCCAAGGAUCCGCAGGGCCUCGAAUUCGAUGACUUUGACGACGACGACCACAACCACAAGGACCUGUACACCGAUGCCAAGUCGACUUCCGCCGCAGUUCACACAGUCGCCGUUCCGGCGCCGCCCGCCCGCCGCCACUCGAGCGGCUCCAUCUCAUCCGUUUCGUCCAGCGACGACGAUGACGACGACGACAAGCACGACGCCGAGCACGAUGACACGUGGACUGCGUACAGUAAAAAGUAAUUUACAUGGGUGUCCAUGUCGUGUCGAUA